UUGGAUAGGGAAGGUGGGUGUGUUUCUGCUCGCGUGGAAGCCGCCUUCAUGGACGGACAGCGGAUCUUAGCCGAGAUGGAGAAUCCGACGGAGAACCCAAGCAAGGCUGCGGAGUACCUACAGGAGCUGAAUAAGAUCAUCGAGACCCAGCAGGGUCUGCUGGAGAAGCAGAGGAUCCGGAUUGAGGAGCUGGAGCUCCAGGUGACAGAUCUGUGCAAGGAAAACGCCUGUCUGAAGGAUCAGCACCGAAGGCACCUGGCCACCUGCGGACUCGCUCAGGGGAGCCACUGCGCGCUGGGGGGCAUCGAGGAGAACGUCGUGCAGGAAAAACGACACGCCUCAUUACCCGCUCGGGUCUUUGAGAUCCACCAGAACCUCUUUGACCCCCUGUGUACAACAAGUUACCCCUGCCUGAAAUGGAAGUCUGCAUCCUUUGGGUCAGACUCGGAGGACCCCUCUGCCAUGGCUCACAGACGCCUCCGCCACUCUGUGGAAGGUGAGCCCCCUGGCAGUGACGUGAGCGUAUCUGUGGAUCCCUGCAUCAUCUAUGGUUGCAAGCCGGUGACCCACGGCGGCAGACCUGGCCUGGACUACCUAGACAGCCAGCUCUACGGACACAUCUUUCUGCCGAGCCACGUGCGACCCCGCCGACCCAAGCUCCAGCACUCCCAGUCCAUCCUCCGCAAGCAUGCAGAGGAAGAGGCCAUCAAGCGCUCUCGCUCAAUGUCGGAGAGCUACGAGCUCUCGUCAGACCUCCAGGACAAACAGGUGGAGAUGCUAGAACGCAAAUAUGGCGGGCGUUUCAUAACCCGGCAUGCCGCACGUACCAUCCAAACAGCCUUCCGCCAGUACCAAAUGAAUAAGAACUUUGAGCGUCUCCGAAGUUCUAUGUCUGAAAACCGUAUGUCCAGACGGAUUGUUCUGUCCAACAUGAGAAUGCAGCUUUCCUUUGAAGGACCUGAAAAAGUCCACAGCUCUUACUUCGAGGGAAAGCAUGUCUCUCUAUCUGACGAAGGCGCCAAAAUGGGUGCGCUGGUGCAGUCGGAACACGGCAGGGAGAGAGGUGUACAAAUGAAGAUACCAAGCACACAGAGUGACCUCACAUAUGCCGUCACAGAACUGGAAGAUGCCUUCUCCAGGCAGGUCAAAUCUCUGGCCGAGUCCAUCGAUGACGCUCUGAACUGUCGCAGUCUACACGGGGAAGACAGUACUUUAGAGCAAGGAAGAGGCCACCCUGAUACGGACAGAGAGCUCAGCCACCAGUUAGAAUCCUCCCACAGCGCUUCAGAUCACCGCAAGCUAGAUGAGAUGACUGCAUCUUAUAGUGAUGUGACCCUUUACAUUGAUGAAGAAGAACUAUCGCCCCCCUUGCCUCUCUCUCAGUCUGUAGAUCGGCCCUCCAGCACAGAGUCAGACCUGCGCCAGCGUUCCCUGAACUCCUCCCAAGACUAUUGGUCGCUUGCUCACAAAGAUGAAAAGGGGGACACGGAUACCAGCUGUCGCAGCACGCCUUCCUUAGAAUGCCAGGAGCAGCGUCUGCGAGUGGACCACCUACCCCUACUGACUAUAGAGCCCCCCAGCGACAGCUCGGUGGAACUGAGCGACCGGUCUGACCGCAGCUCAUUAAAGAGACAGAGCGCUUAUGACAGGAGCCCCAGCAACCAACAGAGCAGCCCCAAACACAUCGGCCAUGGCCUGCCACCUCGGGGACCUUCCCGGGAAGAGGACCCUUCCCGUCACUGUGCCCGGCAGCUGGAAGCCCACCUGGCUAUCAAUGGUACACCCAACCGCCAGAGCAAAUCAGAGUCUGAUUUCUCCGAUGGGGACAACGACAGCAUCAACAGCACAUCAAACUCCAACGACACCAUCAACUGCAGCUCCGAGUCCUCAUCCAGAGACAGCCUGAGGGAGCAGACACUCAGCAAACAGACGUACCACAAGGAGACUCGGAAUAGCUGGGACUCACCAGCGUUCAGCAACGACAUCAUUCGCAAGAGACACUACCGCAUUGGCCUAAAUCUCUUCAACAAGAAGCCAGAAAAGGGGAUCCAGUAUCUGAUUGAAAGAAGCUACGUCCCGGACACUCCGGUGGGUGUUGCCCACUUCCUCCUGCAGAGGAAAGGCUUGAGUCGGCAGAUGAUUGGCGAAUUCCUUGGCAACCGACAGAAACAAUUCAACCGAGAUGUUCUUGAUUGUGUGGUGGAUGAAAUGGACUUCUCAGGCCUGGAGCUGGAUGAAGGGCUCCGGAAAUUCCAGGCGCACAUCAGAGUUCAGGGAGAGGCACAGAAGGUCGAGCGGCUGAUCGAGGCGUACAGCCAGCGCUAUUGCAUUUGCAACCCCGGUGUGGUGAGACAGUUCAGGAACCCAGACACCAUCUUCAUCCUCGCUUUCGCCAUCAUCCUCCUCAACACCGACAUGUACAGCCCCAAUGUGAAGCCUGAGAGGAAGAUGAAACUGGAAGACUUUGUUAAAAACCUUCGAGGUGUUGACGACGGGGAGGACAUACCCCGAGAGAUGCUGGUGGGGAUAUACGAGCGGAUUCGAAAGCGAGAGCUCAGGACUAAUGAAGAUCACGUGUCCCAGGUUCAGAAAGUGGAAAAACUGAUUGUUGGGAAAAAACCGAUUGGGUCUUUACACCAAGGUCUUGGCUGUGUGCUGUCGCUACCCCACCGGAGGCUGGUGUGUUACUGCAGGUUGUUCGAAGUACCUGAUCCCAACAAGCAGCAGAAGCUGGGCCUGCACCAGAGGGAGAUCUUCCUCUUUAAUGACUUGCUAGUGGUUACCAAAAUAUUUCAAAAGAAAAAGAACUCGGUGACAUACAGUUUUCGUCAGUCCUUCUCGCUCUACAGCAUGCAAGUUCUGCUAUUUGAGAAUCAGUAUUAUCCCAACGGCCUGCGCCUGACCUCGGCCAUUCCCGGCGCAGACAUCAAGGUCCUCAUCAAUUUCAAUGCUCCCAAUCCUCAGGACCGCAAGAAGUUUACCGACGAUUUGCGAGAAUCUAUUGCUGAAGUCCAAGAGAUGGAGAAGUAUCGGAUAGAAUCUGAGCUGGAGAAGCAGAAGGGUUUGGUGAGGCCCAGCAUGUCCCAGUGUUCUGGGUUAAAGAAGGAAACUGGGAAUGGAAACCUGAGCCGAGCCAGCCUGGACGACAGCUACGCCGUCGGUGAGGGUCUGAAGAGGAGCGCGCUCAGCAGCUCCCUACGGGAUCUCUCUGAUGCAGGAAAGCGCGGGAGACGCAGCAGUGCAGGAUCACUAGACAGCAAUCUGGAAGGCUCCAUCAUUAGCAGUCCUCACAUCCGGCGGAGAACCCCUUCGGGUCGAGACUGUGCGUCUCGUCACAGCGGACACUCCCUGCCCAGCUCCUCUUCCCUGCUCGGGUCUCUGUUUGGCACCAGGCGGGUGAAGUCGCCCGGCCCCCAGAGCCCACACCCCACCCUCGUCUCCCACGCCCCGCACCCGGCUAACCUGCACCAUGCGGCUCGAGCGGAGUCGGACUCGUCCGUUCCUGUCCAUCCUCACCCCAUCCCCUUCUGCCAUGUGACCCAGAAUCCCCCGCCUUACCACCACCACCAUCACUACCACCCACCGCCCCAUCUGCAGCAGGCGCCACACCAGUGCCAUGCGCCUCCGUCUCACGGCCAGCAGCCGCCCUACCCGCCAUACCCACAGCACAGCCACGGCAGCCACUCUGUCCACGGCGGCCACCUUCACGGCCCGCCACCGACGCCAACGCCAUCGUCUCAGGUUCCCAGCAGCAGCACCAAGCCCAAACACAGCGGCAUCAGCACAGUGGUACGAUUUCUGCCGUGUCAUCCGGCCUUGUCACUCCGACGCGCUCCUGUUCACUCUUUGCACAUUGCGACACGUUGCUGAGUGUGAAAACCUACUGUGAUUUAAACGUAUGGUGUGGAGCAGUUUGGAAACCGAUGGUAUGUUUUUUGUGGUAGCAAAGAACGAUAAAUACUUGUACAUACUCUGUAAAUUAUACUUUUAACUAGGUAUAAUUAUUAUCAAUGUCUACAGGUGAAUUGAAAGUACAUCCCUCCUCCCCAUGACUUCCACAUAAUCACAGAGCUGCUGCUGUUUGCCUCUGAUAGGACUGAAUUAUCACCAGAUCCAGGAACGUCACACGGUCUUCAUGCUCCUCGCCUUUGCUUCCAUUCUUCAUCUCUUGUGGUCAAGCGUGGAAGUCGAAGGGAAGGCGUUCUGUUUGGAAGUAGACAAAUUCCCUGUUAAUGUCAAACCAGUCCUGUGAUGAUUAUUGAGAACAUAAUAAAAUGAUGCACUAUAAGA